CGCCGAUAACGCCACGCAACACUUUUUUUCUGUUUUGAACUUGAGUUUUCUUAUCGCGGUGUGUGUGUUUUUAUAUUUUUCUUGUAAUUUUUGUUUUUUUUUUUAUUUUUUUUUCUCUCUUUUUUUGUCAAAAAAAGAGGGAAAAGAUUCUGUUAACGGAAUUUAUUCCGAGACACCGAUAUGGACCCAUUUUCAAUUAAUACUACUAAACAUAUUUCAUAGCGAAAAUUUUUGGAGAAUGUUGAAAUCAUGAUGCGAUGUGUAAAGCCGCCGGACACAAGCGAAAUAUCACGAUUGGCACAUCGGUGACGAUAUUUUAAAAAACAGGCAUGGAUGUACAUAAGAAGUUCCUGUGCCCUCGCUUGGUGGAUUAUCUCGCCAUAGUGGGGGCCAGGCCUUCACCGACUUCUCGCCAGCCUGUGCAGGUACCGGAAUUAUUACGAAGGUAUCCAAUUGAAGAUCAUAAAGACUUUCCCUUACCACGAGAUAUGGUUUAUUUUUGUCAACCCGAAUAUUGCAAUAGUAUCGGGCCAAAACGUACAGCAUUGCGAGAAGCAACAUCAUUUACAUUUACCCUCACCGACAAAGAUUGUGGAAGAACUCGUUAUGGAACUUGCGUCAAUUUUUAUCGACCAAUUGAAAGAACGGGAAAUUAUGGAACAGCAGGAAGUGCUAUUAGGAGGGACAAACACAAUACCAAUUUCCGUAGGGAAAGUUGGCGGAAGAGUAUGGAGAAAAGUUCGGAUUCCGCAUUCUCCAGCGACUAUAGAAGCAGUGUAAUAGGUCCAAGUGAUUCAGAAAAGGAUUGUCCAAGUCGAAGGGAUUCGGAUACUUCUCAUGCACCUCAUGCGCCAAAAUUAGGUGUAACUGCACCAAGUGGUGAUAGUGAAAGUGGCGGAAGUCAUUCUCCAUCUCCUAGAGCGUCACGAAGACGACAGAGGAUGAAAAAUCUUUCGCUAACUUCACUUUGCAUAAUUUCACAUCAUCCUUUUUUCACAAUGUUUCGAGAGUGCCUAUUUGUUUUAAAAAAGCUCAUUGACGCUUGCAACGAAACUACAACUCCUCAUAGAUGUGGAGCAUCUCGUCAGAGUACAAGAGAAUCAUUGUGGACUGUUUUCACUGGUUUAAGUUUCGAUGGAGCAUCAUCGAUUGUUCUUCACGAUAUACGAGAAAUCGAAACAUGGAUAUUACGUCUAUUAAGUGCACCCGUACCAGUUCCUUCAAAAACAAGAGUCGAAGUUGAAAUUCUAUCACCAAGUAUACAACCACCACUUUGUUUUGCUCUUCCAGAUCAUACCAGAUUUUCCCUUGUCGAUUUCCCUCUUCAUUUGCCACUCGAAUUACUUGGAGUUGACAUAUGCCUAAAAGUAAUGUCCCUCAUUUUAUUGGAACACAAGAUUGUAUUACAAUCACGUGACUACAAUGCCUUAUCAAUGUCUGUAAUGGCAUUUGUCACAAUGAUUUAUCCAUUGGAAUAUAUGUUUCCCACAAUUCCAUUGUUACCAACUUGUAUGAGUGACGCUGAACAAUUACUACUGAGUCCAACGCCAUUUGUAAUUGGAAUACCAGCGUCAUUUCUUCUUUAUAAGAAAAAUUUUAAAAUGCCAGGCGAUAUUUGGCUUGUUGAUUUAGACAGUAAUAAAAUCACACCACCAACAAGAUACAACGAUCCUCUUCCACCUCUACCUGAACCAGAAGGAACAAUUUUGAAAAAUCAUCUAAAACAGGCAAUGCAACUGAUGGACCAAGCUGGCUCUGGUGCUAUGGGCAGUAUGACAGUUCCUCAAACUCAUCCCUUCACGCCACAAUCGGGAUCUACACAAACGGUUUCAGCCUCAAGUAGAAGAGAGAGUAGUGCUUCGUAUCAUUCUACUUUGAGCGUCUCAUCGGCAAAACACAGACCAAGCAUGGAUUUAAGUACACCUACACACAUAAGUCCACUGGGUUCUCCAAGUGCAACGAGUCCACGACGUCCAUCAAUGGCUACUUCCACUGGAUCUGGUUCAUCACCCCAACGUCCACAGAAUCAAUCCACAGCUCCAUUUAAUCCCUUUAUCUACGGCAGUGACGUUGACUCUGUAGAUAUUGCCACAAGAGUAGCAAUGGUACGAUUCUUCAAUUCACAAAAUCUUCUCGCAAAUUUCACUGAACAUACACGAACCCUGAGGCUUUAUCCAAGACCAGUAGUCGCCUUUCAAAUUAAUUCAUUUCUACGUUCACGACCAAGAGCAAGUCAAUUUCUGAACGAAUUUGCCAGAACUCAGGCAGUUGAAUUUCUUGCCGAGUGGAGUUUAACACCAAGCAAUGUUGCCUUUUUGAGAGUUCAAACCGGAGUAUUUGAUCCCGCACAAAUUGGAGAUAAAUCCCGAUGGUAUGCCAAUGGACUUGAACCAAUUAAUUUUCCCGUUUGGGAUUCGGGAAGUUCAUUGGCAAAUGCACUGAAGGCAAUGAAGGAACACGAGAGUCAACCAACUGAUGAAAGUGGUUCUGAUUCAGAGGGAGGAGAAAGCACAAGUUCUUCCUAUUCAUCGUUAAGUGAUUUUGUCUCCGAAAUGGUGUCAUCUGAUUUAUCACCCAUGAAUCAUACACAUCCAAUGCCACUUGCUGUGGAUCCAAAGAAUUUGUACAAUCCUCCAAGUUCUCUUCAGUAUCCAGGUGUAGAGGAAGAUUCCGGACCAGCUCGUCCUGAAAGUCCACCUAGCACAUCAUCCAGUCAUAGUGAUUUAAGUAGUCCGAGUUUCAACAGAGACUCUGAAUUCGAAUUGAAUCCAAAGGCUGUCGAGGGUUCACAAACAAUGAAAAGCGACAACGAUAAGACGGAGGGAGGUAGCUUUGAAUCAGAUUCAGCGUCGACAACGACAACGACACUUCGCACAAUCCUGAGCGCACAAAGUACAAUAGGCCAACAUGGAAUUGGCACGGGAUCCUUAGCAACCCCUUCGCACAGUGACUCUGAUCGCCCCACAACUCCCCACAGGACUUUUCGUCUUACUAAAUCUAACAUUCCAGCUCCGCCAAUGAGUCCAGCUUUAGCAAGACAACCAAGUGGUGGAAAUAUUUUGGCAAGAACAUCAAGUUUUGGAUCACCAGUUCCAGUUUUACCAAGACAGUCAACAGCACCUUGUAGUAGUCCUGAAAGUAGUGUUCAUGGCUCUCCAAAACAAACAGCAAGUCCAGGACGACAAGCAAGUGGACCAGUACAACAUCAAAAUAGUUCCGGCAGUACGGGUAAUGGAGUUCUUCGUCAGGGAUCUCAGGGAUCAAUAUUUGAACAAUUUGCUUCACAAGCCAAAGGUCUGGUACGCGAAACAACCAGACAAAGUAGCCAGGAAGGAAUUUUGGCACACAUGGACAAGUUAAAGCAUCAAGCGAAAGAAAAGAUCGCGGAAGCAGGAGAAGAUAGCUUGUUUGCCCCACUAGAACAGUUUACGCAACAGACUAAAAAAGCAAUGGGUGAGGCAAGCAAAUCAAUGCAAGAGGCAUCGAAAUCUGCUUUAGAGGCAAGUAAAAAUGCAGCAGGCGUUAGUAAAAAUACAUUGGAUGAUCUGACAUACGUUGGAAAAAGUACAAUUGGCGAUCUAACAAAAACGGCGAAAGAAGCAGCGGCGAAGAAAGGUUUACUUAAGAGUCUGGGAGAUUCUCAAUCAUCACCAGAACCUCCAGGACCUGGAAUGAUGCCACGAAAGGAUUCAAAUAGCACUCAAUUAGUUGCUCCUGAUUCUCGAACUGGUCGACGAGAAAUAGGUCGAGAUUUCUUUAGCAACAUUAGCAAUGAUUUGAAUGGUAUUGCAGCUCAAACUUCCAGCAUGUUUAGCGACUUAUUUGGUAGUAAAAAUAGUUCUAGUCGCAACAAUUGCUUCCUACCGCAAUCACAAAAAUCCAAAGAAAAGAACCACUCGUUCGGACCUUUUCCGAAAGGUAAACCUGGAUUAGCAGAGCGAUCGUCUUUAAUUAAACAUUCGACUAAUAAGAAUAGUCAAGAGGAAUUGCAAAGAAUGCAAAAUGCUGAGAGAUCGAGUACAAAUAGCAAUAAUCAGACAUUCCUUACUGAUGUGGUAAAUCAAGUAUUGGCGGGUGAAGGUGUUGGUUGGUUAAAAUUGAAUCGAUUAAAAAGUUUAAUGGAGGAUGAGAGUUAUCGGGAUUUUAUUUUAACUAAAUUAAACAAUGGUCUACAUAGAAAAAUUAGUCCUGACGAUCAUAUAGAUGAUGUGUGUAUAUCAAAACCAGUUUACAAAGGAAUGUUAAAAUGUUUACAAGCAGUGUCUCAUGGUCUUGCUGUGACUUUUAGUAAUUUUGGAUUAGGUGGUAUGGCUUCUGUGUUCCAACUUAUGGAAAUUGCUCACACCCACUAUUGGAGUAAAGAUUUACUAGAAAGUGGUUUUGAUAGUUCACUAAUGUCGCAGGCUUCCACUCCAUUUGGAAGUAAAGAAAAUCUCCGAUCUCCUCAAUCUCACGAUCAAGUUGAUAGUGGCGAUAUUCAUAAAAUGCACGAUCCACCACAGGUUCGUUUAGAGAGGCCACAUUCUCAAUCAAGUGGUGAAGAUUCUCAAUCAACUGCUGAUAUGUUUUUGGAAAUGUUUACGAAAAAGGGAAAACUUCUCAGUAGAUUGACUUCAUUUGAUUCAGAGGGUGGACGAGGUGCUGGAACAGGGAGUAGUGAAGCUUUGUCAACAGACGGAGGAAGUAUAACGACAAAUCCUGCGUUUAGACAAACUCAUCAGGCCUCAUUUCGCAGUACUGUUUCAGAUAGUGAAGUUGAGCAAGGCAAUUUUCCUCGGCAAAAGCAAAGGACUUCUAGUGUUUGGUCAAGUAAAUCCUCACUAAGUACGGGUUUUAGAUAUCAUGCAGGAAAUUUGGUACCGACAACAACAACUCCAAGUCCAGAAGCAGCCAGAACAUAUCUUUUCGAAGGACUUUUAGGCAAAGAAAGAUCGUCCCUAUGGGACCAAGUGCAAUUUUGGGAGGAUGCAUUCCUUGACGCUGUUUCACAAGAGCGAGACAUGAUGGGAAUGGAUCAAGGCCCUGGAGAAAUGAUGGAAAGGUACAAGGGUUUAAGUGAUAGCGAAAGAAGACGUUUGGAACACGAUGAAGAUAGAUUACUCUGUACUUUACUUCACAAUUUAACAGCAAUUCUAGUAAUGUUGAAUGUUGAUAAAAAUCAAGUUAAACGAAAAGUACGAAGAUUGCUCGGCAAAAGUCAUAUCGGCCUUAUCUAUAGUCAGGAAUUGAAUCAACUUCUUGAUCAGAUAAAUAAUUUGAAUGGAAAUGAUAUUGAUCUUAAACCAUUAAAUUCUCGACAAAUGCACCGUCAGUCGUUUACCGUACAUGCAGGAGUCGAUGCUGAGGGUGAUUUACGUUUUUUAGAAGUACGACAUGAUGGAUUGGUGCUCAGAUCCGUUAACGGUGUAAUUGUUGAACGAUGGUGGUACGAGCGUUUAGUCAAUAUGACUUACAGCCCUAAGAAUAAAGUUCUCUGCCUUUGGAGGCGGAAUGGAGGGCAAACGCAAUUGCACAAGUACUAUACGAAAAAGUGCAAGGACCUAUACUACUGUAUAAAAGAUGCGAUGGAGAAGGCUGCAGCCAGAGGUCGUGGCGCCAACGUUGGCGUCGAAUUAGGAGGCGAAUUUCCGGUUCAAGAUAUGCGAACUGGCGAGGGUGGUCUUCUUCAAGUGUGCAUGGAAGGCGUUGGUCUUCUCUUCGCAAAUAGCAAGUUUUUUGUAAGACUCGAUCAUAUCCGCAAGUGCUUUACUCAGAAGGGUGGGAUCUUCGUUUUGGAAGAAUUCAAUCCUAAGACUAGACAAGUAAUUCAACGUAAAUAUAAGUCUCAAAUGGCAGAUCAAAUCUGUUAUUCAGUCCUAUGUGUCUUCUCCUAUUUGGCGGCAGGUUCGGACAAAAAACAAAUGCAGCCACAAUCGCCGCAUCAACAAAGUGGAACUGGCAGCCAAAAUCAAGGCAGAAGAACAUCAUAUGUGGAAUCAUUUUCCAAACCGCACUGACGAAAAGGCAGACACUCGCUUCCUUUUGUGCAUGACUACGAUAGUUGUGCUCCUUACGCAUGUCUACCAUGGGUCUAAAAUAAACAAAAAAAAAAAUGAAAAAAAAUGAAAAAAAAAAUUUCCAGUGUCUAGAUUUUUAGGUCCAACGUAAUAUAAUCCGAAAUCGUUGAAAAGAUAUUUAAAAGAAAUGAAAAAAAACCCUCUAUCAUCAUCUAAGCGUCUGGAGCUUUCAAUCCUAUUCACAAUGUUGCACUGAUUUCCCACCAGGAGGCGUUCAAAUCAAUCACUUAAAAUUUCCAAUAAGCGUUAAUGAUGUACUUACAAAAGUAGAAAUUUACUUGGGAGGAGGAGGGAUUAAUAGGUUUUUAGUUCUUUAACCUUUAGCUCUAGAAUCCUCUAAAUAAUAAUUAAUUUCGUCAAUGGAUUUUAUCUAAUUUUAACUAAUUUAAAAAAUAAAUUUGUUCCUAUUCCUACCGAUACAGCCUCUUUAGAAACUCAAAUAAAAAAAAUCAUUGAGAACGGAUUGAGGUAAUAAGUUUUGAAGGAGUGCUCUCCUUCCGGUUUGAGGACAUUAGGUUGGUUGUCAUUGUCACCCCACUGGCCAUUUAUCAUAAUUCUCGUCAACUACCGCACCCUGCCUUAGUGAAAAUUUAGUGAAAGGUUGGUUUUUUUUGUCCCCACUCGCCAUUUGUUAUAACUCUCGUCAACUAUCGCACCCUUCUCUAGUAAAAAUUUAGUAACUUUAUAGUAACUUUUAAUUUUUACAAUAAAGUCACUAAAAUUUUUACUAGAGCAGAGUGCGGUAGUUGACGAGAAUUAUGACAAAUGGCAAGUAGGAAUUUUCGCGCGUGGGAACAAUAGAAACCAACCAAAUUCUAGUUAUAAUUAAAAAUUACUAAAAAGUCACUAAAUUUUCACUAGAGCAGGGUGCGGUAGUUGGCGAGAAUUAAUGGCGUGUGGGGAUAAUAGCAACUUUCCGAAAUAAUGUUCGUGGAAUAAUUAAUAUUAAAUAAAAAAUGGUAUUGAGUCGAGAAAAUGGCAACUAAUCCAUUUUAAAAAGUCGUGAUACUUCUAUAAUAAUUGUAUUAGUUUGUGGCGUUAUGGAAAGAUGCUAAAGUUCCCACUAAUUAGUUAUAUAAUUCUAGGUCGACUACCGCAGCCUGCUCUAGUAAAAAUUAAGUGAAAUUCUAGUUAAAAUUAAAAGUUACUAUAAAGUCACUAAAUUUUCACUAGAGCAGGGUGCGGUAGUUGAUCUUGAAUUAUGACAAAGUGGAAAAUUUAACAAGUAGGAACAUUAGAAUCUGUCGAUUACUCCACGAACUAAUAAAAUUAUUACAGAAGUGUCACGACUUUUCAAAGUUUUGUCGAACUGUAAGGACAACAUUUAUCCAAAUGGGUGUAUUUUGUUAUAGUUACUAAAUUAUUGUGGAAUACAAUGUUUUGGGAAUUUUUUUUUUUUUUUGAAAACAUUUUGAAAGAUGAAAAAGUGCUCAUAUGAUCUCACGUUUAUUUUUUUUCUCACAUAAUUAGAUAUGUGAUUGUUUGAAAUUAUGAUUUCUUUUGCACAAUAUAAAAACGAAAUGAUCUUUGGCGUACAACGAAAUUGAAAAAAUAAGUGAUUUCAUAUGUGUAUAUUUUCAAAAUUAAAUUUAAAUAUUAUCUCCACUGAUACGCAAUUAUUUGGAAACUCCUUGAAAACUUAUUCUUAAAGAAUUUUUUUAGUGAGUUUCUAAAGAGUGGUUGGUUUUAAUUUUCACCACUUGCCAUUUGUCAUAAUUCUCGUCAACUACCGCACACUGCUCUAAUAAAAAUUUAGUAACUUUAUUGUUAAAAUUUAAACUUACUAUAAAAUUACUAAAUUUUCACUAAAGCAGGGUGCGGUAGUUAAUGAGAAUGUCAAAUGGGGAUUUUAGCGAGUGGAGACAAUGGGAACCAACCGAGUUUGUAUCGGUAGAGAAAAUACAAUUUGCUAUUAUUUUGUUUUCAUUGAGGAUGUAAUUUGGUGUUCGGGCCUAAUUUGGAAGCUUAUUUCAGGAUUUUUUUGAUUAAAAAAUAAUGAAAUUUAAUAUUUCUAUUUUUUUUUUUGUUAUUAUUAAAUCUGUUUUAUCUAUACGAAGCUGAAGGUUUCGAGCAAAGGGAACAGGAAGGUUCUCAACAAGGUUGGCUCAAAAUUGUCGAUAGCCUGGGCCAAGUCUGGCGAUAUUUAAGGUAAAAUAAUUCUCGUCAACUACCGCACCCUGCUCUAGUAAAAAUUUAGUUAAAUUCUAGUAAAAAUUAAAAGUUACUAUAAAGUCACUAAAUUUUCACUAGAGCAGGGUGCGGUAGCUGACAAAAAUACUUGAGUAAUAACUGGUAGAGAUGUCUACCGAAUAAUAACUGAUAUUCAACCCCGAACACCGGACUACUUUCUAAAAUUAAAUUUCAAAAAUUUCUUUUUCUCUAAUAAAAUCGAAAAGAAGAAAUUUCGAUUUUUAAAAAAUAUCAUAUAUAUAAAUAUUUAGGACAUAAAUGUAAGACGCUUUAGCGAUAAGUACUGCUGUGAAAACGUGAAAUUUAGGGCCAGGCUUACAUUUUAGACAAUAUAUUAAAUAUUUAUCCCUCGAUAGUCGCAAAGCGUCUAACAUAAUUAUUAUUAUAAGUUCCAUACAGUAGUUGGGAAAAUUGUAAGCAAACGUACUUACAUAUUACCAAAAAGAAAAAAAAUUAUGUUGUCAUCUAUUUUCUAUUUGAAGUAAAAAAUUAAUUUUCAAAAAAUAGAAAACAGAAUUUUUGAAAACAUGAACAAAUUAUUUAAAAUAAAAAUUAAAAACAGAAAAAUUACAAAAAUAUUUCACUAAGUUGAAGCUUAAGGAAAUAACGGCAAAUUAGUUUUAAAAUAAUUCACUUUGUUAAAAUUAUUUUUAGGCUUAUAUUUGAAAGAAAAAAAAAGUACUUUACAAAAAUAAUUUCGAAGUAAAUUCUUUAAUAAAAUUGUUAUUCUAAAGGAAAAUAAUUAAGGAACCAAAAAAAAAGGAAAUGGUAAAAAAAGGGUGAUAUAUUAAAAAUUAAAUAUCUACAGACAAUACUAAGAAAAGAAGCGUAUAACUUCAAAAAAAAGGCUCCUAUUUUGUUCGAUGUCGUGAGCAAGUGUUUUUGAAUCAAUUUAUUUAUAAUAUAGUUAAUAGAAUCAAUUUGACAAAAUAUAAAUUUGUAUUUUCAUAGAACAAACUCCAGAAACAUUAGAGCAAGUUUCUUUUUUAUUUUUACUUUUAAUUUUAUUCUUUUUUUUGUUCUAAUCAAGAUAAAAUAUUCCAAAUGAUCUAAUUCACAUUUUUUUGAUUAUUAAAAUCAAAAAUAUGAAAAUUAGGAUUAAAUAAUGCAAUUUAAAAUGAAAAAUUCAUUGAACAUAAUUAAAAUCAAUGUUUUGAAUUAACAUCAUCUUUAAAUAUAUAAAAUUAUAAUAAUAAACUGUAAGUGAAAACUUGAAAAUGAUAUAUAAUAUUAAAACAUUCCAAGAAAAAUAUGUACUGUCGUAUUUUUUCAAAAAAAAUUUAGCAAAUGUAACAAAAUCUUUGAACAAAAAAAUAGGUUACCGGUUUUUUAAUUUGCAAGAAUUUUUUUUAGUAACAAUAACUUUUUCUAAAACAUUUUUGUAUAUUAGAAUUUAAAAAUUACAUUCCUUUCUGAUUUAUCAAUAAUUAGAUUUGCUUUAAAAAACUAUUUCAUAAAUUACUAUAGUAAAAAGAAAAAAUUAAGUUAUAUAAGAAUACUUGGUUAAAAAAAGUGAUAAUCAACAGUACUGUUAAAAAAUUUUUUUCUGUAUUUACGAUCAGUUUAUUUGGAUUUUAUAGAAAAAGCAUAUCAAAACCUGUUUUUAAGGCUUAUUGAGUCUAAAAAAAAGAGAAAAUUAAACAGUACUGUAGAUUUUUAUUACUUUUUGCUGAAACAUUUUUCUUUUACUAAAAUAGGAGGUAUUUUUUAGUUUUCUCUUAUUAUCAGGACAGGACACCAUAGUAUUAUUUUUUGUACAGAAUGUACAUAAAAGUUAGUUUAAUAUAAAGCAGUUUGAGAAAUAAAAUAUUGUUUUACCUGCUUAAUGGAUGUAAAAAAAUUAUAAUAGAAAAUAGGCAAAAAAAACUAUUUAAUUAAUUUAUUGUAACAUAGAAUGUUAACUGCACUGAGAAAAAAUUUAAUUUACAUAAAAUUGUUGCUUUUUAUUAUUCGUUGAACUCUAUAUAUAUAUUAAUAAUGAAUCAAUAAUAAAUUAAUAACAAAUUAAUAAUGAUUUAAAUAAUGAAUUAUAAAACUAUUUUGAAAAUAUGAUGAAUUAAAUUUUAUUCAUUGGUAAUCUAUUAUUCAAAGGAAUAAUUUUAUUACUAAUUAAAAAUAAUAUAUAAUAUAACAAAUGGUAAUUAUUUAAUGAAUAUUUUUCUCAGCGCAUGUAAAAGUCAGCUUAGUUUGUAAAUCGACACAUUUGUAUAAAAAAUAGAGCCAUUUGUAUAUAUGUACAUCUUGUUGCGUUUGAAAAUUCUGAUAGUAAUUUUCUUUCUAAAUGGAAUUUACAUCAAAUAUAACUUCAAUGGAACCCGAAUGUUUAUCAUACUUUUAAGCGACAUUGGAACAAAUAUGGAAAUUAAUAAAAAGCACUUGAACUCAA